AUGCCUCCAGCAUCUCCCAUCCUGCAAAGGAGAGCCAUCCCUCCUGUAGCCUCCCCUCCUCCCAAACGCGCUGCCCAGGAAGUGAAAAAAUGGUCCUACGACGAGGAGACUGUCUGCGCGGGGGACGGGAGAGGACAUCUAUCGGCCCAACCCCAGGAGCUCCACAUAGAACCCGCCCCCCCUCAGCCCAAGACGGCUGUCUCUAUCGCCUGUCAGACUGACGACGACCCCUGCUUUCCUCCAAUGAAGACGAUGUUCUACCCUCCUCUAUCCCGACACCCCAAUCCUCUCGCUGCUCGCCCCCCUCUCAGCCCACCCACGCUCGACAAGUUUCCCCAGCCGCUGGCUCCCUUUCCUCCGCCGGCUCCAUACCCCGGGAGGGAAGACUGGUUUGACCUUGUAGAUCCCUUUGCCUCUCCUUCCCCCUAUCCAUAUGGAGAGCUUCAGACACUUGAUCCAAACAUCAUGGCCCAGGGGAAGGGUGGUGGGGGGUCCCCCCCAGCCGGAGCCCCCAAAGCUGGAAACAAGCUGGACAGCAUGCUGGGUAGCCUGCAGUCUGACCUGAACCGGCUCGGUGUUCAGACCGUAGCCAAGGGGGUGUGUGGAGCCUGCAAUAAACCCAUCGCAGGACAGGUGGUCACGGCGAUGGGCAGAACUUGGCACCCAGAGCACUUCGUGUGCACCCACUGCCAGGAGGAGAUUGGCUCCCGCAACUUCUUUGAGAGGGACGGGCAGCCUUACUGCGAAAGGGACUAUCACCACCUCUUCUCCCCGCGAUGCUACUACUGCAACGGCCCCAUCCUGGACAAAGUUGUGACUGCGCUGGAUAGGACCUGGCACCCGGAGCACUUCUUCUGUGCCCAGUGUGGAGCUUUCUUUGGUCCUGAAGGGUUUCAUGAGAAGGACGGCAAGGCGUACUGUCGCAAGGAUUACUUCGACAUGUUCGCCCCAAAGUGUGGAGGCUGCGCUCGGGCCAUUCUGGAGAAUUACAUCUCAGCUCUGAACUCGCUGUGGCACCCCGAGUGCUUCGUGUGUCGGGAGUGCUUCACCCCGUUCGUAAACGGCAGCUUCUUCGAGCACGACGGGCAGCCCUACUGCGAGGUGCACUACCACGAGAGGCGUGGCUCGCUCUGCUCCGGCUGCCAGAAACCCAUCACCGGCCGCUGCAUCACCGCCAUGGCCAAGAAGUUCCACCCCGAGCACUUCGUCUGUGCCUUCUGCCUCAAGCAGCUCAACAAGGGGACCUUCAAGGAGCAGAACGACAAGCCCUACUGCCAGAACUGCUUCAUCAAACUGUUCAGCUAGAAACCUUGUGAGGGCGGGCGGUCAAACCUGCUUAGAAAACGAGCGCUUGAGCGCCUGGUCUUUUUAAAAGUGAUCGCCUUUUUUUAUUUAUUUUUUUUCUUUUCAAACGUUAGAAAUCUAUGUACACAGUGUAGGGGAUCUGUCAGAGCUGUCAGUGUGAUCUCUACUACAGAAGUGGUCUUUCUGAUACAGCUUCAAGUGUGCUGUUCUGACCCAAGCUUACCAAAUCGAUGGCAAUGGGCAGAGCAGUUCUCUCUCUCUCUCUCUCUCUCUCUCUCUCUCUCUCUCUCAAUAAGGUGCAUU